AUGUCUACAUCAUAUACAACAACAUCAGCACCUACACAUGAUGUAAGCUCUCGCCGUUUUGAUGCUAUUAUUCGCGAAUAUAAGCAGUCAAUAAAGAAAAAACGACAUCAAUUAAAUCGAUUAAAACGAAACGAACUAUCAGAUCUUAUUGUUAAACUUCGUCAAGAAUUAUUUACUGAAACAUCACAAGUAUUAUCAGAUAGUGAUAGAUCAGAUGAUGAAGAUGACAAACAACAUAAUGAUAAUCAAAUUUUAGAGCAACUUUUAAGCCGAACAUUAGAUCAAAAUGAUUUCUUAUUAAGAUUAGUUGACCGUUUAACAACACCACAACCUGCAGAGCAGAACAAUACACAUAAUUUAGAUGUGAAUGCAAUUUUGAAAGUGAUAUUAGCUGUUAUGAUUUUAUGGGCGUUAAAUAUAUUAUAUCAUAAAGAAUAA